AUGGCCACGCAAUCGAAGAUUCUCCCGCAAUGGAAUUCCUCUAGGCUUUUCCUCACCGAAGCCGGGAUCGAAACCACACUCGUCUACAAAAACAAGGUCAACCUCCCGUGUUUCUCCGCUCUCCCACUUCUCAGCACAGAACAUGGCAAAGAAAUCAUCCUCUCCAUCUAUCAAGACUAUGUAGAUAUCGCCCUCGCCCACUCAACCGGCAUCGUCCUCGAAACCCGAACAUGGCGUGGCUCUCCCGCAUGGGCUUCCCAACUUGAUCUCUCCAUCCCAAAGAUCCUCGAUCUGAACCGCACAGCAGUCAUGAUCCUCCAGGAUCUCAGAAACAAUAUCCAGACUCCAUCCACUCCUAUUGUUAUCAGUGGAACCCUUGGAACCCUUCAAGACGCCUACAUCGAUUCCACAGAAACGGUUUCCUUCGCCCAGGCGCAAGAGAAUUACCGCGCUCAAGUCCAAAUUCUCGCUGAAGAAGGUGUAGACAUGAUUUCUAUCAUGACUGUAACGAAUCUCAAUGAGGCUACCGCGGCAGUGAGCGUGGCGCGUGAGUUUGACCUCCCUAUUCAUGUCUCAUUUAGCAUCGAGACGGACGGGCGACUGCGAGGGGGAAGAACACUUGAUGAUGUAAUUCGUGAAGUCGAUCGUCUGACGGAGAAUUAUACUACGUAUUUCGGGGUAAAUUGUGCGCAUCCGCGCCAUAUUAUGACGGCUCUACGGGAUCUCCCUGAGGAAGUGAGAUCGAGGAUUGGGUCGAUUCGAGGGAAUGCAAGUCUUAAGUCUCACGAUGAGCUUGAUAACUCGUUGGUACUUGAUCGAGGCGAUCUUUCUUUGUGGGCUCAAGAGUUCAAUGGGAUUUUAAAUUUGUUGCCGGAGUUGAAAGUGGUAGGGGGCUGCUGUGGUACGGAUGAAGAGCAUAUUGAUACUCUUGCGGGAAGAAUUUACUCUAGUUGA